UUGAACUUUAGAAAGCGCCACGAUUUUUGGAAAAUAAUUUGUACUAAGUAAACAUAUAGAAAUUGCCAUAACAACAACUUUUGAAGUGCUUGUGUCGUAGUAACAACAAACGCGCAUAAUAAAAAUACUCAAACUGCUUGACGGUUGCUAAGCAGUUGUAACAGCAGACUUACACCGAUGGUGAACAUGUCAAGCGCGGUCUUUACGCCGAACAAUUCCAAAGCCAACAACGCGCUGCAGUGCUACAAUAAAAACAUAAGUUCACAACAGCAGCUCAGCGCAGCGGUGAAAAUGUUCAAAUAUCAAAAUAUUGCGCCCGCGCCUGCAAUGUCUGUGGCCACUGGCGGCUGUACAGGCGCUGAGAUUAAAACGCGUAAGUACACGCCGCGCGCGCCCAGCAACGGCGGCGGCCCAUACAGUGUCGAUCAAACGCAAUCGGUGCAGCGGCGCAACGCACGCGAACGGAAUCGCGUCAAACAGGUGAACAAUAGCUUUGCGCGCCUGCGUCAACACAUACCGCAAACGAUCAUCACCGAUCUGCUGAAGGGCGGUGGCCGUGGGCCGCACAAGAAAAUCAGCAAAGUGGAUACGCUACGCAUCGCGGUCGAGUAUAUACGGCGGCUGCAAGAUUUGGUCGAUGACUUGAAUGGUGGCAGCAGCGGCAGUAGUGCAGCACAAAAAAUGAGUGGCAGCCUACGGAACAGUGAGGGCUUGCUACUAGCGGCCAGCGCGGAUAACAACAACACGUCGAGCAACAGCUCGUUCAGCAGCAGCAGCAGCACGAGCAGUAAUCUCAGCUUGCUUGCACCAGAUUCGCCAGCGCGCAACUCACCGAGCGCGGGUGGCUUAGCAGCGGCGGAGCAAUUGUACUACGCCAGCGCGGCCAAUAGCGCAUUGCAAGCUUUCCAACAACAACAGCAACAGCAGCAACAAUUUACCUCUACCCUACUCACCGCCGAAGCAUUGCAAGCGUACGCAACACCACAGCCCAUACAGACAGCGCAGACGCAGCUUGAUAUUGGCUGCCCCUCGCCUACCUCAUCCUUCAACUCCAGCAUGUCCUUUGAUUCGGGCACUUUUGUGCAUUCCCCCGUGCCACAUGCAGCUAGCGGCGAGGCGCAGCGCAACGGUGGAGGUAAUAAUAGUGGCAGUGCCAGCGCGCAGCUUGAUGCUAACUUGCAGUUAAAAUUCGAGCCAUACGACAACUUCAAUCUGCACGAGGAGGACUGCACGCCCGACGAUGAGGAAAUACUCGACUAUAUAUCGUUGUGGCAAGAACAGUGAGUGUUGCGCGCAUAAGUUGUAAAUAUAAAGACGUUCAGGGAUAUAUUGCCAGUGAAAUUUUUAAUGUAAAU